AUGGGCUGCGGACCUUCCCAGCCUGCGGAGGAGCAGAGAUGCGUCCCCGCGCCCAGGAAGGGCUGGGAAGAGGGAUUCAAGGCUGAUGUUGGUGUGACUUAUUCUGAGGAGAAUUGUAGCCCCCAGAUUGGAGCUGCACUGCUCAAGGACACUGCGGGCAGCCCCAAAGGCCUGGAUAAACAGGUGCUGUUGGAAAGCUUACCCGGAACCAUUCCAGAAAGUUCCCCAUCUCCUAAUGGAAGAAACGGGAGAAUUAAUUCAGACCUACUUACUAAUGGAUUAAUCCAUAAACCUCAAUCCCUAGAAAAUCGAGAGCGACAAAAGUCGUCAGACAUCCUGGAGGAAUUAAUUGUUCAAGGAAUAAUACAAAGCCACAGCAGAGUAUCUAGAAAUGGAGAAUCAUAUGAUGUCAUGGUGCAUAUGACUGAGAAGCCACUGAGAAAGCCACCAGCCAGGCUGAAAAAACUUAAGAUCAAAAAGGAAGUAAAAGAUUUCACAAUGAAGGACUUAGAGGAGAAGAUGCAGGCGGUGGAGGAGCGCAGGAAGACUAAAGAAGAAGAAAUAAGAAAAAAGCUACAGAGUGACCGACUUUUGCCCCCAGCUGAUCAUUUAGAUUCAGCUGAGCCUACUGGGGCUGAGGCGCCAUUUGCCAAAGGACUUAACCCUGUGAGUUCUGCCGUGUGUGACCUAUCUGACCUGCAGGGAGGAAAGCCUUUGAAAAGGAGGAAGAGUGAAAGUGACAUGACCUCAAGUGAUAGAAACUAUAGUUAUGAAGGGGUUGGGGUUGUGGAGUCAGACAUGUUCUACAACCAAGCAGAUGACAUAUUCUAUAUAGACCACACUAUCAUCAGUCAGCUGGAUUACUUCAGCAGUUUCUUUGAUAUUUAUGCAACAGUCCUCUACUUAAAAUCCUUCGCUCAACUUCGAGCAAAAGAAAUUAGAAUUCCUAGCAGUGAAGUAUUUCUAAAACGCUCCCUACGUGAUCCUAAUGAACUAGCACUAAUCACUGCAAAGUAG